AUGAUUUUGACUCAUCGAAGAGAAUUGUUCGGAGAUUCAUUGCAAUGGGGAGGACUCACUCUGAUCACGCUACUGGGACAACAUCGACGAUUUGAAGUUCUUGAUUUCUGCUAUCAUCUUCAUCGGGUCAACAAAGGAGAUGGAAAGGAUGAAAUUAUUAAUCAAAUUAGACUUUCCAAGAUGGUUGAGCGUAUUCGUCGUUUCCAACUGCUCAAUAAUCAAAUCUUUAUUAUUUUGACAAAUCAAUUAAACGAAAACAACGACGAUGAUCACGAGAGAGUUCGUGAAUUCGCUCCACCGGUUCAUCCAAAUUAUGCAAACCAUGCUCGUCGCCAAUGA